GGGAGCGCGGCGGCCGCGAUGGCGGAGGAGUGGCUGGGGCAGGAGGCAGCUGGGACCGGCAGCGACGGCGAGGAUGAGGGGCAGGAGGACGGCGAGCGGCGGCACCGGCAGCUGCUGGAGGCGGUCAGGUCCCUGUCCGGACGGAAGCGGCGGCUGCUGGCAGAGCGCACGGAGCCGAGCACUCAGGUGUCAGAGUUCAAUGUCAGCUCCAAAGGUGCCGGGGAGAAGCUGGUUCUGUCCGAGCUCCUGCAGCCCAUCCGCCCCAAGUCUGCCCUGGGCAGGGUGAGGAAGGAGCUGAACAGGGUGAAGCAGAAGAAGGCAGUGGAGCUGCCCCUCAGCAAGGAGGAAGCCCAGCGGGUGGUGCGGGAAGCUGCCUACGUGGGCACCUCGAAGGAGGUGGGGAGGUGGCAGGAGGUGGUGCUGCAGCACCGCCGGGCAGAGCAGAUGGUGUUCCCCCUGCAGCAGGACAUCCCCACGGUUGUGCCCCUGGAGCAAACAGCCUCAGCCUGGAAGGCCCGGACUCCCCUGGAGCAGGAGAUCUUUGGGCUGCUCCACCAGACCCAGCAGCCCACCACAGACCCUCUCCUGACGCCGCAGGAGGUGGCCUCGCUGCAGGCCAUGAGCUUGGAGGAGGCCCGGCGGCGCAGGGCAGAGCUGCAGAGGGCCCGGGCCCUGCAGUCCUACUAUGAAGCCAAAGCUCGGCGGGAGAAGAGGAUCAAGAGCAAGAAGUACCACCGUGUGCUGAAGAGAAGCAGGAGGCGCCAGGCCCUGAAGGAGUUUGAGCUGCUCCAAAAGUCAGACCCCGAGGCUGCCUUGGCCAGGCUGGAGGAGCUGGAGCAGCUCAGGAUGCAGGAGCGGAUGAGCCUGAAGCACCAGAACAAGGGCAAAUGGGCCCGUUCCAGGGCCAUUGUGGCCAAGUAUGACCUGGAGGCCCGCAAGGCCAUGCAGGAGCAGCUGGCCAAGAACAAGGAGCUGACACAGAAAGUUCAUGUGGAGCUGCCCCAGGAGGAGCCAGGGGACCCUCCUGGGGAGGACCUCACACCGGUGACUGUCCCCACUGUCCCCUCGGGUGCUGGCACAGCCAACCCCUGGAUGCUGGGGCAGCCCAGCCACCCAGCUGAGGGGCAGGAGGGGCUGGGGGAGGCCAUGGUGCCUGGUGCUAUGGAAACCAAGGAGGAAGAGGAGGAAGAAGAAGAGAUGUCAGAGGAGGAAGCUCUGCUACAGGACUUCACGCAGAGGCGGGAGGCACGGCAGCGGCGGGCAGGGAGCCCCGAGGGACCAGGUGCUGAUGAGGCAGAAGCAGUUUCUGAGCUGGCAGGGGACAGCCUCGUGCCCCCUGUCCCUGCCAAGGAGCUGACGAGUGCAGGGGUGGAGCAGUCCUCCCGGGCACAGGAGCAGAUCCUGCUGUCAGGACAGCUGAGCCGGGUGCAGACCGUGGAGGACAUGGAGGCUCUGGCAUCGGAGGAGCGUGUGGAGGAGCAGGAGCAGCAGGAGAAGCGUGUGGAGGAGCAGGAGCAGCAGGAGAAGCGUGUGGAGGAGGAGCCUGGGGAGCAGCAGGAGAAGGCAGCGGCCAGGGGAACAAAGCGGCGAGUGCAGCAGCAGGAGGCGGGCAGAGCUGGGGGCAGACCUGCCAAGAAGCCACCAGCCAAGAGGAAGAUGAUCAGCCUGGAGGCUGUGAUGUCGGGGAAGCUCCAGGAGCUCCAGUCCCCCGUCCUCCCCGUGGUGGUGGAGGAGGAGGAGGGUGGCAUCGACCAGAGAGGGGUGAUCACUGAGGCCUUUGCUGGGGAUGACGUGGUGGCUGAUUUCCAACGGGAGAAGCUCAAGGCAGAGCAGGCUGGGAAGCCACAGCCCCUCAACCUGGUGCUGCCGGGCUGGGGCGAGUGGGGGGGGACGGGGCUGAAGCCCAGCGCCAAGAAGGUGAAACGGUUCCUUCUCAAGCCACCCCCCGCCCCUCCCCGCAAGGACCGUCACCUGCCCAACGUCAUCCUCAGUGAGAAGCGCAACAUCCACGCAGCAGCACAUCAGGUCAGCGAGCUGCCCUUCCCCUUCGAGAGGCACCAGCACUUCGAGCAGAGCAUCUGCACCCCCCUGGGCACCACCUGGAACACACAGCGUGCCUUCCAGAAGCUGACUGCCCCCCGUGUCAUCACCCGAGCAGGACACAUCAUCCAGCCCAUCUCUGCAGAGGAUGUCCCCGACAUGGCCACCACGAGGGGGGGGGGGACAACAGGGCUGGAGGCUCUGCCCAAGAAGCUGGAGCAGCCCCGGCGCCGCCCCCGCAGGAGGCUCCGUGCCCAGCACCUCCCACUGGUCCCCACACAAUAAACCUCCAGGGCUGCUCUGUCCCUGUGGUCCCUCUGGCUCGGGAAGGGGGAGCUGGUGUCCUUCAGGCUGCCCCUGGUCCCUGGGUGGGACAGAAGGACUUGGAGGGGUGCAAUGGGACU